AACAGUGGCGAUCUGACAGCAUAGACGAAUUUUUCGGCGAGUAUGAUAUAUAUUCCUUGCAGACGAUUUGCCCGAGUCAUGACAUUAAUCCCUCGAGAUAUUUCUACAUCGGAACAGCCUGUUUGGCCAGGCCGUGUGAACAAUGGGGGAGGUGCUGAAAGCGACAUCGAUGACGAAGGUGCAGGGAAUGGUCAAGAUGAUUUCGAUCUCUUACACCUUUAAAAGGACCAGCCUCAGCAGUUGAUUCGCCAAACCAGAUCGGUCCUUUUCGUACAGGGGAGCACUUUCCAAUUUCGGUACAAAAUCAUGCCUUAUCGCCCUCAAUUAGUGCGGCUAGGGAAGUUUCUGUCUGGUGAGCUUUACUGUGUUUCAAAUGGAGUCCACACUUGUAUUUCGCUGUGCAGAAAUUUCUUUUCGUGCAGAAGCAGAUUUUUUCUAGAGCUCAAUGUUUUAAUUUCCAGGUGAAUAUAUUGAAGGUUGGGGGCUAGAAUCCUACAAAUCCCUAGCAGAAAGGAAAAUGCCGUUUCCUUAUGGACUAUUUAAUUACAAAUAUUUUCGAAAAUCAUUGAACAGUUCCUGCAAAGAGAUAUUUGUAUAGAGUCUUUCAUGGACUCACUAGGUUAUUGAAUGGAAGAUAAAAAAUGAUUGGUGAAAUGGUUUCUUCCCUACUUUAAUUUAGGAUAAAAAGAGGAGACAGUUUCUUAAAAUAUUCCCAGAUUUUUAUCGUAGUUGGAAAUUUUCUGAAAAUUUCUAAAUAAUUUGAGUUGGGAAGACCUUUUGCAAUAAAACUGCAGCAAAUCGAAAUCUUUUGGAUGAUUUGCCCUAAGGCAUACGGAGUUUCCAAGAACAGAGUGACUGAUCCUUAAGGUAUAUGGAGUUUCCAAGAACAAAGUGACUCAUCCUUAAGGUAUAUGGAAUAUCCAAGAACAAAAUGACUUAUAAUUUCCUUGAUUAUGGUGAUUUUGAAAGGGUCCCACCCUUUUACCUAGUCUAUGAAAGAAUUCAAGGAUACUCAGAAAUCAACAAGAAACACCAGCAAAGAUCAUACAGCUGUGAAACAGCAAUACUACAGAAAACUAGUACACCUACCCGAUGGGCAAGGAGAAGAAAACAGGGUUAACAUCCCAAAAUACCGAAUCUUAUCGGUUGAUCCUAUGCUUCAUAACUUUUUUAAUUAUUCAAGACGACUUUUAUGAUUUUUUUGGGUGGAAAAAGACAAUCCAUGUAAAGACAUAUAUUAGGAUCAUCGGACGUUGAAAAUAAUUUAAUUUAAAACUGAUCUCUUAACAUUCUCGUUGCCUGUGCGCUGAAUUUCUUAGGCGAAUUGCAGGCAUGGGGAUGAUUACUGUAAAACCUCUGUAUUUACUCUGUCUGAUAACAGUCGCAGUUUUGUCAGGUGGCACUCAUGCUUGUUCUGAUGGCACUUGCCAGCUUCUAGAUCCUUGCUCAAGUGACAGUGAUUGUGCAUCUGGACUUUAUUGCUCAUCAUGCGACGAUAUCGAUUUGAGGUGUGUUCGUGAUCAAGCAACAAAUCCAUUUCAAAUUGUGAACGGUUCACUUCCAUUCAACAAGUACUCAUUUCUGACUACACACAACUCAUAUGCAAUUGACGAUGGUACUCCCCGGCUCACCUUCACCAAUCAAGAAGACACCAUCACACAGCAAUUGAAUAAUGGGGUAAGGGGCUUUAUGCUCGACACAUAUGACUUCAACGGAGAUGUAUGGCUCUGUCACUCAACAGGUGGCGUGUGCUAUGAUGUUACAGCAUUUGGCCCAGCAAUUGAUACUCUGAAAGAGAUUGAAGCAUUCUUGUCCACAAAUCCUACUGAGAUUGUCACUCUUAUUCUUGAAGAUUAUGUUCAUGCCCCCAAUGGGCUGACAAAUGUAUUUACAGCAGCUGGAUUAAUGAAGUAUUGGUUUCCAUUGUCAAAAAUGCCUAAAAAUGGUGGAGAUUGGCCUCUUGUGAGUGAGAUGGUGGCCAAUAACCAACGUUUGCUUGUAUUUACAUCAAUAUCCUCAAAGGAGCAAACUGAAGGGAUAGCGUAUGAAUGGAAUUAUAUUGUGGAGAAUCAAUAUGGGGAUGGUGGAAUGGACGCAGGGUCCUGUCCUAAUCGUGCAGAGUCAUCAGCUUUAAAUGAUCUUUCUAAGUCACUUGUUUUAGAAAAUUUUUUCCGAUCAAUUCCAGUAAAGCUUCUUUCUUGCGGUGACAACUCUGACCCACUUUCUGAGAUGAUAAAAACUUGCUAUGCUGCUGCUGGAAAUAGAUGGGCAAACUUUCUAGCAGUUGAUUUUUACAAGAGAAGUGAUGGCGGAGGGGCAUUUCAAGAUGUUGAUACUCUGAAUGGGGGGCUAAUUUGUAACUGUAAUGAUAUUCAUGCUUGCCAGCCUGGAGCCACACCUCAAGCUUGCAAUCAGUCCUUGGAGGUGCAUUUGUGAGCUAGCAUAAUCUCCCACAAAUAUGAAUAUAUUGAUGUCCUUGCUUAGAAUAUCGGAUACUGCUCUACAUGAAGUCAUUUAGUUAAGCAUGUACAAUUUAUUUUGCGUUAGUCUUUGGAGCUGCAUGAUUGUUUCUAAGAGAAAUCUUAAGAAAGUGUGACGUGGAGUGAAAAUUCUCAGAAACUUUCAAGAAAGAUAUUGCAAAGAAGAAAAAAUGGAUAUAUCUUCAAAAUAAAUUCCCUAUCAGGAACUUUGACUUUAUUUAAUAUUCAGUUAAUGGAGUUUACAUUGC